CCCUAGAGCCGCCCUUGUAUAUCGUAGUAGUUCAAAGUAAUUCAGCUGGUUAGCGAGCAAAUCAAAUGGACUCAACAAUAGACCCACGGUGUACACAUGCACGCGCCAUCACAACAGGCGCGGCGAAAGCCAACCGUGCAGUCCUCAACAACCUCAUCACUCUCUACUCCAAAUCCAAUCUCCCUUCACACGCCGUCCGUGUUUUCCAGUCAAUCCCAUCACCCAAUGUCGUUUCAUUUACAGCGCUUCUCACAUCCGCAUUCUCCAAUUCCCCACUCUCCGCCUUUCGUCAUUUUAUUUCCAUGAUCCGCCGUCAAAUCCUCCCCAAUGGCCAUACUUUAACCUCCCUUCUCAAAACUUGCGCCUCUCUUCCUGCUCUCACCUUCGGGCUACAACUCCAUUCCCUUGCUAUCAAAUUGGGUUUCUCUUCAGAGCCGUUUACGGCGUCAGCUCUUGUGUCGUUGUACUUUAAAACUGGGUUGUCAGGUAAUGCGAAAAGGGUGUUCGAUGAAAUGUCUGUCAGAGAUGAGGUUUGUUUCUCGUCCGUUAUUGUUGGGCUUGCUCGGAACUCUAAGCCUAUGGAUGCUUUGUCGUGUUUUGUUGAAAUGAGGAGAAGUGGUGUGGCAUCUACUAUGGUUAGUGUUUCUAGUACUCUGCGGGCAGCAUCUGAUGUGGCUAUGCUUGAGCAAUGUAGGAUUAUUCAUGGGCACGCGAUGGUAACGGGACUUAAUUUGAAUGUUAUUGUAGGCAGUGCAUUGAUUGAUGGGUAUGGGAAAUGUGGGCUUUUGGGGAACGCUCGUGGAGUGUUUGAUGAGCUAGAAAUGGAACUCAAUAUUGUUGGGUGGAACGCAAUGAUGGCAGGGCAUGCUCAACAAGGUGAACACGGCAAUGUCAUAGAACUUUUCACUUUGAUGGAAGAACGAGGAAUGGUGCCGGAUGAGUACAGUUUCUUAGCUAUCUUGACAGCAUUUUACAAUGCAGGUUUAGUUGAAGAGACUGAGAUAUGGUUCAGGAGGAUGACGGAAGAGUAUAGCUUGGAGCCAUGUCUCGAGCACUAUACGUGUUUGGUAGGUGCAUUGGGGAAAGCAGGGCGUCUGGAGGAGGCAGAGCGGAUUGCUUUAUCAAUGCCUUUUAAGCCGGAUGCAGCUUUAUGGCGAGUAUUAUUGUCUAAAUGUGCCUAUCACGUGAAUAUGGAUAUUGCGUGGAGGAUGAGUGAUAGGUUGUUGCACAUUAACCCAAUGGAUGAUUCGGCUUAUGUGAUUUUGGCAAAUGCAUAUGCGAGUGCAGGGAGGUGGGAUGAGGUGAGGGAGGUGUGGAAGAGAAUGAAGGAUAAGAAAGUGAGGAAGGAAGGUGGGAAGAGUUGGAUUGAAACCCAUGGAGAGGUUCAUGUGUUUUUAGCGGGUGAUAGGAGACACGAGAGGGCUGAUGAGAUUUAUGCUAAGUUAGCAGACUUAAUGGAAGAGAUUGAGAAAUUGGGUUAUGUGCCCGUAUGGGCUGAAAUGUUGCAUGAAGUAGAAGAGAAGGAAAAGAAGAAAGCACUUUGGUAUCACAGUGAGAAGUUGGCAUUGGCAUUUGGGUUGUUGAAUGGGACAACACCACCUGGGAAAGCUUUGCGGAUUGUGAAGAAUUUGAGAAUUUGCAGGGAUUGUCACGAGGCAUUUAAGUAUAUUAGUAGACUUAUUGAGAGAGAGAUUAUAGUGCGGGAUGUUAACAGAUACCACAGGUUCUUGAAUGGAAGCUGCAAUUGUGGAGAUCAAUGGUAAGUUAUUGAGAAGAAAUUUGAGUAACCAUCUCUGUUGAGGAGCAACAGCAACAGCCAGAAUGCACUUAGUACUCUCAUUAAUCAUCUCUUACAUCUCCAGCUUUUAGUAAUUGUGAUACUGUUUGGAUCUUGAUUUGGCAGUACUACCAAAAGUAGUAUCGGCAAGGGAUGGUGGGAAUUCUGAUGUGGAUAUUGAUUAUCUUUUAGAAAUUAGAUUAUAGGCUAACUGAAUAUGAUUCCAGGGAAAAGAGUUGCAUUGCUAAAAAAUUAUUUAGUUUCAUCAAGAACCUUCAAAGCUAGCGUUGUUGUAUUUGCAACAAUAUUAGGUGGCAACUUUACUAUAGUUCGACAAAAUGGCUCAUAUAUGCAGCUUGGGUUAGACAGAUCUGGUAUUCCUGAAAUUACUUCUCGAUCAAAAAUCAUUCAAGAGUUAAUAUCAGAAAUUCAUGAAAUCUUAGAUGCUUGAACACAUUGCCAAAAGUUGCAUGGCAGCAAUGUUACAAAUGGAGGCAGUGCAACUAUCCAGGCUAACAGAGUUAUGAUCAAAGAGCCCUGGUUCCAUGAAACUGCAUUACCUAGUUGUUUGGAAGGUGUAACAAGAGAAGGGAAGUCUUCUGUUAGAUUGUGGUGAAGGAACAUUGGGACAGCUCAAAAGAAGAUUUGGUAUUGAAGGUGCUGAUGAAGCCGUAAAAGGUUUAAGGUGUAUUUGGAUUUCUCAUAUUCAUGCUGAUCAUCACACUGGUCUUGCA